AUGGUUCUGGGUGGAAAUGCUAAACUGAGAUAUCAGAUCACUUCAGGAAACACGGGUGGAGUGUUUGACGUGGAGCCUGAAGUGGGCACGAUCUUCAUCGCUCAGACUCUGGACUACGAGCAGAACAAACGCUACAAACUUCACGUCCUGGCUUCAGACGGGAAGUGGGAAGAUUACACGACUGUGACGGUGAACGUGGUGAACAAGAACGACGAGGCCCCGGUGUUCACCGUCAACGAGUACUACGGGAGCGUGACGGAGGAGCUGGACGGCUCGCCCGUCUUUGUCUUACAGGUCACGGCGUCUGACCCCGACAAAGACGCGGACCCUGAGGCCCUGCGUUACUCUCUCCACGGUCAGGGAGCCGAGAGCGAGUUCAUCAUCGACGAGGUCACGGGGAAGAUCUACGCUCAGAGGACGCUGGACCGCGAGGAGCGCGCUGUCUGGCGCUUUGUCGCCCUGCUGUCAGGAGACGGGCGAGAACUCAGGGACGCCCGGGAUGGAGAUGACGCCACCGACCUGGACGACUGGCUGUGGAUUUUCACCAUCAACCCCACGACGGAACCAUCACCGGGCUAUGGCCGGUCUGACCAGAGCAGGCAGAGUCUUAUCUGCUGGUGGGAGGCCAGACGAGGAGGGAUGACAGGAACUGGUACUGCAACCAUCCAGAUUAAGGACGUGAACGACCACGCUCCGUGGUUCACGGAUCACUCGUGUGUCGCCAAGAUCUCUGAGAACAUGGAGCCGAACGCUGAGGUGCUGCAGCUCGCUGCAGAGGACAGAGACACCGGAGAGAAUGCCCAGCUGACCUUCAGCGUCGUGUCUGGAGACCAAGAGCAGAAGUUCUACAUGGUCAGUCAUAAGCAGGAGCAGCGCGGCACUCUGCGACUCAAGAAACGCCUGGACUACGAGCGUCACAGCGAGCAGCGCUUCAACCUCACGCUGAAGGUUGAAGACCUCGACUUUUCCAGCUUACUUCACUGUGUGGUGGAGGUGGAGGACUUCAAUGACCACACCCCCGUCUUCAUCCCUCACUUCCUGUCUCUUGCCCCGCUGCCCGAGGACGUCGCCGUGGGAACCAGCGUGGCACGUUUGGUGGCCAGCGACUCGGAUUCGGGCCAGAACUCUGAGUUCACGUACAGCCUGUUGGAGGAGUCGGACCCUGAGGGACUGUUCUCCAUCGACAAGUCCGGCGUUCUCUCUGUGACCCAGCCUCUGGACCGGGAGAGGACACCCCAGCAUCACCUGGUUGUCAUAGCAACAGAUCACGGGGUCCCACCUUUAACAGGCAGUGCCACGGUACAGCUGCCUUUGUUGGAUGUGAACGAUAACGGACCGGAGUUUGAGGCGGCGUAUUUGCCCGUAGUCUUUGAGAAUGUAGUCGGACCGCAGGUAGUGAAGCUGAACCAAACGUCGACCCUCCUUCACGCCGUGGACCGCGACUCGCCUGAGAACGGCCCGCCCUUUCACUUCACCAUCUCCUCCGAGUAUCGCCACAUCAACGACUUCUACCUGCAGGACAACCUGAACGGCACUGCGUCGCUGACGGCGCUGCGCACGUUUGACCGCGAGCGGCAGAAGGAGUUCCUGAUCCCGAUAGUGAUGAGUGACAGUGGCCGUCCGAGCAGAACGGUCACCAGCACCCUGACGGUAACCAUUGGCGACCAGAACGACCAUGCACACGCGGCGGGAGAGAAGAACAUCUUCAUCAACAGUCACCGAGGUCGUAUGCCGACCACUGUGCUGGGAAAGGUCUUCUCUCCUGACCCUGACGACUGGGACAACAAGACGUACGUCUUUGAAGGACACGUGCCGAGUUACUUCAUCCUGAACAAGCGGACAGGUUUCCUGAUCAUUAAAGAGAACGCGCCGCCCGGCACGUAUCACUUCCAGGUCCGUGUGUCUGAUGGAAUCUGGCCGGACGCCGUGUCCACUGUCGCCGUGCACGUGAGGGAGCUGAGAGACGAGGCCAUCUAUAACUCUGGGUCUCUACGACUGGCAGACAUCACAGCGAAGGAGUUCAUCGAGCUGAGAGGGAAACAUCGGAGCCGCUACGAUCUGCUGGUGGACUUCCUGUCUGAGAUGCUCUCUGUUCCGCCCGACGGAAUCAACGUCUUCAGCCUGAUGGACGUCAGGGAGCGAAUGCUGGACGUCCGCUUCGCCGUUCACGCCGCCGAGUCGUUCCUGCGGGCUGAGAGGAUGCACGGUUAUCUGGCUGCACACAAACAGAAGCUGCAGUCCUUCCUGCAGGUCAGCGUGCUCCAGGUGCGAGUGGACGAGUGUCCCGGGUCGGAGUGCGCCGGCUCCGGCGGCUGCACCAGCGAGCUGAAGGUGCGGGACACGCCCACAGUGGUGGACUGUGGCACCAUGAGUCUGGUGUCCGUGACGGUGGAGUCCACGGCCGUGUGCUCCUGCACGGGGAGAGACCAGUCCCACCAGUCCUGCGCCGCGUAUCCCAGAAACCCCUGCUUCAACGGCAGCGUGUGCGUGGACACUCAGCACGGAUACAGGUGUCAGUGCCCGGCUCAGCUCGAAGGCCCCGAGUGCCAGCAGAACAGGCGCAGUUUCCACGGCAACGGCUAUGCCUGGUUCCCUCCCAUGACGCCGUGCUUCGAGAGUCACGUGUCGCUGGAGUUCAUCACGGACGUCGCUGACGGGCUGCUGCUCUACAGCGGACCUCUGGCUCAGCUGCAGGCCUGGGACCACGAGGACUUCAUGGCCCUAGAGCUCGUCGACGGGACCCCCACCUUGAAGAUCAAUCACGGCUCAGGCACAGUGGUGCUACAGUUGCCAAGCAACGUGAACGUGGCAGACCGGCGCUGGCACCGCCUGGAUGUCCGCAGCAACAGCAAGGAAGUGCGUUUCACUCUGGACCGCUGCUCUGGAGCAGCAGUGAUGGAGAUGGAGGGUCUGGGCACGUGGUUGACCACCGAGGAUCACUCCACCUGUGAGGUGACGGGCGUCACGCCCAACACCGACAGGCACCUGAACAUGAGCCAGGUUCUGCAGCUGGGCGGCGUCAACGAGGACAUUCCCUACAUCUACCCUCAGCUCCAGCACAAACACUUCACCGGCUGCAUCCGCAACCUGGUGGUGGACAGCAAGCUGUAUGACUUGGGUUCUCCGGCUGACUCUCAGUCCAGCUCGCCCGGCUGCCCGGCCACUGACAGCAGCUGUGUCAACAUGGGCUUCCCGUCCUGCGGCCGCCGCGGCCGCUGUCACGGCGAGUGGGGCUCGUUCAGCUGCCAGUGUGUGCCGGGAUACACGGGACACGGGUGUGAGGAGGAGGUGCCAGAGUUCUCCUUGGAUGGACACAGUUACGUCCAGUACCAGCUGGCGUCACCGCUGCCGGCUCGCAGGACGUGGAUUCAAGUCCUGGUUCGAACCCGGAAACACAACAGUACGAUCAUCAGCGUGACGUCCAAGGAGCAGAGUGAAUACCUGAGACUCGAGAUUUUCCAAGGUCUCCUCUGUGUUUUCUUCAACCUCGGCGACGGAGACUACAACUUAACCCUGCCCACUUAUCGCCUCGACAACGGGGAGUGGCACGAGGUCCACCUGGAUCGCCACGACAACGAGAUGACACUGCGGCUGGACGGCGGCGGGGGUCAGCGGGAGGUCACCGGGUCGCGUGGGCGCAGCAGAGAAAUCGUAAUUGACCCCAGUGCCGUGAUUCUGGGAAACACUUUCCCGUCUGAGAUCAACAAAAGCUUCCAGGGUGAGUGA